CGCACGUGCGAGCUGUCCACCGCCGCGUCCGGCCAGGUGCCAGGCGGCAGCCUCGUGCGUCGUUCUGCCUCUGCGCGCGCGCGUGCACUAUAAAUGCACAGGCGGGUUUUUUUUUUCUGCUCGAGCGGCUGUAGCUGGUCCCGGUCCCCGAGACGGAGCGUCGUCCUCCAGCCGGACUACAGCAGGAUGUCCGCGGAAAUAUUUGACAAGAACAAGACGAUAGACCUGAGGAGGAAGCACAUUGGGCCAUCUUGUAAGAUUUUCUUCAGCCAUGACCCUAUCAAGAUUGUCCAAGCCAAAGGCCAGUACAUGUACGAUGAAAAGGGACAGCGCUACCUGGACUGCAUCAACAACGUGGCUCAUGUGGGCCAUUGUCACCCAGAUGUGGUGAAGGCGGGAGCUCAGCAGAUGGAACUACUCAACACCAACUCGCGAUUCUUGCACGACAACCUUGUGCUGUACGCCCAGAGGCUGCAGGCCACGCUGCCCGCCAAGCUGUCUGUGUGCUACUUUGUUAAUUCUGGUUCUGAAGCCAACGACCUGGCCCUCCGUCUGGCAUGGCAGUACACAGGCCACAAAGAUAUCAUCACGAUGGACAACGCGUAUCACGGCCACGUCUCAUCGCUCAUUGACAUCAGUCCGUAUAAGUUCCACCACUCCGAUGCUGAGCAGAAUCAACAUGUCCAUGUGGCUCCCAGCCCAGAUGUCUACCGAGGCAAAUACAGAGGGGAGCACCCAGACUCGGCCACAGCAUAUGCAGAUGAAGUCAAAGACAUGAUCCAAAGUGUUACUAACAAAGGAGGCAAGAUCGCUGCUUUUAUUGCUGAGUCAUUGCAGAGUUGUGGCGGGCAGGUCAUUCCCCCCCAGGGCUACUUCCAACAAGUGGCACAACAUGUCCGCCAGGCAGGGGGCCUUUUCAUCGCUGAUGAAGUCCAAGUGGGCUUUGGCCGUGUUGGCACUCACUUCUGGGCCUUCCAGCUCCAGGGAGAGGACUUUGUGCCGGACAUCGUCACCAUGGGAAAGCCUAUCGGCAACGGCCACCCCAUGUCAUGUGUGGUCACGACCAAAGAGGUGGCCGAGGCCUUCAUGUCCUCUGGAAUGGAGUAUUUCAAUACAUUUGGCGGCAACCCAGUGUCGUGUGCCAUCGGCAUGGCCGUCCUAGACGUGAUUGUGAAAGAGGAUCUCCAGGGCAAUGCCCUGCGCGUGGGCCGAUACCUGACCAGUCUGCUGGAAAAGCAGAAGGAGAAACAUCCGCUGGUGGGUGACAUCAGGGGUCGUGGCCUCUUUGUUGGGUUGGAGCUGGUGAAGGACCGGCUGAAGCUCACUCCUGCUACAGCGGAGGCCCAAGAAGUCAUAUAUAGGCUGAAGGAACAGCGCAUCCUUCUCAGUGCUGACGGACCGCAUCGCAAUGUGCUCAAAUUCAAGCCGCCCAUGUGCUUCACUGUGGAGGACGCUGACCUGGUGGUGGAGAAAAUGGACCACAUUCUCACAGAGCUGGAGGAAGCAUUGGGCCUGACGUCGCAUCACGCACUGAGUGUUGAGAAUGAGAGUAGUAAGAGAAAGCUGCCAACUGAUGACCAUGGACAGCAGCAUCACAGCGGGUUAGCCCACAGCAGAGGGGACAGUCAAGGAGUCCCUCAACGAGCCAAACGCCUCAAGACAUAACGCUGGCCACAGAGUCCGAGCUGCGACGUGAUUUUACCUUUUAACUGGGAUUAAACCAUGUCAAAUGUAGAGGUAAGGUC